AUGCGAAUGAACUGGGAAUGUCCAAAGAAGCCGCCCGACCCAGUCCCUUUGAAAUGCGGAAUCCGUCCAGAUAACAUGUGCCUAGCCUACGAUUCAGAAAAUCUUCCCGAUACUGAAGAGAAGUGGAAUAGCACAGUGUUCUUCUCCAAACAGUUUGGCUGCUACAAAUGGCCGGAGACGAUUAGUGUUGUCGUGUUCGCUAGGCGGCCUCAGAUUAACCGGCCAAAGCUGAAUGAAUGUGAAAAGGCAAUCGUGGCGGCAUUUGAAGAUCCACAAGUAUUCACUACAUGGGUUACCCUGCUUCUCAUUGAGAAGCGAGACUUAGCGGAACUCAAGGAAAGCACUGUCUGGAUUGUCAAGUACCUUCUUCGAAACUUCCCAGAUAGCACUAUCAUCUAUCAGAAUAUCACAAAAGCCCUCAUGGAACUGCUGAAAUCUCGUCAGCGAGCUCAGCAAAGGCUUGCUGCGGAGUUUUUCGCCGGGGUGGCAAUGGGAACGAAGUAUCGUGGGUUCAAAGUGCUCAAUGAAUUGUGGAGUUGGUUGUCACGAGCUAUAGACUUCAUGUACGACUACAUGAAUGCCGAUGCUUACAUCUCCUGGAGCACCGUGUUGUUACAGGUAAAUUUGCAAAGGAGGAUGGGUGUGUCGUGA